UGUGUGUUUUUCUGCUAGGCAAGUGUUGGAAGUGGUAAAUGCUUUUAUCUGAAAAGAGCUAUGGAGUAGAUGAAAAGGUGGUUAUAACAGAUAAUAUUUUGUUCUUUGUUAUGUUGCAGACAGAGGAGAGAUGGAGAGGGAGAACAGCACAGUGGUGACAGAAUUUAUCCUCCUUGGUCUCACCCAGUCUCAACAGGCUCAACUCCUGGUCUUUGUGCUAGUCUUAGUUUUCUACCUCAUCAUUCUCCCUGGAAAUCUACUCAUCAUCCUCACCAUCAGAUCAGACCCUGGCCUCACAGCCCCCCUCUACUUCUUUCUGGGCAACUUGGCUUUCCUGGAUGCAUCCUACUCCUUCAUUGUGGCCCCCAGGAUGCUGAUGGACUUCCUCUCUGAGAAGAAAAUAAUCUCCUACAGGGGCUGCAUCACUCAGCUUUUUUUCUUGCACUUUCUUGGGGCAGGGGAGAUGUUCCUUCUUGUUGUGAUGGCCUUUGACCGCUACAUGGCCAUUUGUCAUCCUUUGCACUAUACCACUGUUAUGAACCCUAGAAUCUGCAAUGCCUUGCUGUUGGCUCUGUGGCUUGGGGGCUUUACUCAUUCCAUUGUGCAAGUAGCCCUUAUUCUCCACUUGCCCUUCUGUGGCCCAAACCAGCUGGAUAACUUCUUCUGUGAUGUGCCACAGGUCAUCAAGCUGGCCUGCACAGACACCUUUGUGGUGGAGCUCCUGAUGGUCUCCAACAGUGGCCUGCUUACCCUGCUGUGCUUCCUGGGGCUUCUGGCCUCUUAUGCUGUCAUCCUCUAUCGUGUGAAGGGACACACCUCUGAAGGCAAACACAAGGCUCUUUCCACAUGUACCACACACAUUAUCAUUGUGUUUCUCAUGUUUGGACCUGCCAUCUUCAUCUAUACUCGUCCCUUCAGAGCUUUCCCAGCCGACAAAGUGGUUUCUCUCUUUCACACAGUGAUCUUUCCUUUGAUGAACCCUGUGAUUUAUACCCUUCGCAACCAGGAAGUAAAAGCUUCCAUGAGGAGGUUACUGAGUCGUCACAUGGUUUGCUGA